AUGAGUAUUCGUCCUGCCACCCACGCAGGUUCGUGGUAUAGCAACAAUCCUGCAAAAUUAAGGAACCAGCUUGAUCAGUUUUUUGCCAAGGCAAGAUCAUUGAAAACACCUCUUAGUGGUGAAGAUGCCAGCAACGGCAUUGAUGGCGCAAGGAUAAUCAUAGGACCACAUGCUGGAUAUACAUACUCUGGUGAAAGAUUGGCCGAAUCAUUUAAUGCUUGGGAUACCUCAAAAGUUAAAAGAGUGUUUUUAUUAGGUCCUUCUCAUCACGUUUACUUCAAAAACAAUGCAUUACUCUCCCCCUUUGAAUACUACGAGACACCGUUUGGCAACAUUCCAGUGGAUGUUUCUACCAUUAAAGAUUUAUUAGACCAGAAAUGCAAACAUGGGCCUGUUUUCAAGUACAUGUCUGAAGAAAUCGAUGAAGAUGAACAUUCUUUUGAAAUGCAUGCACCGUUUAUCUAUUACAAGGGCGAAACAGCGGUUCAUGGUGUACCAAAAAUUGUCCCAAUAUUAAUAAGCGGAAUGGAUAGUAAAUUACAAGAUGGUAUAGUGAACUCUUUGCUUCCAUAUUUGGAAAAUGAAGAAAAUCAUUUUAUAAUUAGUUCUGAUUUUUGCCAUUGGGGUUCAAGAUUUGGCUAUACAAAGUACUUGUUGUCUGGAGAAACUACUUUGGAUACGUUGAGUGAUAAUAUCACAUCGUUGGGAAGUUUACAUCAGCCAAAGGGGUUAGAGAUUUACAAAUCAAUUGAAUUACUAGAUAAAAUUGCUCUUCAAAUUGCUACAAAUGGUUCCUCUGCCAGCUGGACUAAAUAUAUCGAUAUCUCAGGUAACACUAUUUGUGGACAAAAGCCAAUUCUAAUUGUGCUUAAAUUAUUGGAAAAGUACAAUAACCGUCUGUUACUUCAUGGAAAUACAUUCAAUUGGAUUGACUAUUCUCAAAGCAACCCGGUACAAAGAACGAGUGAAAGCAGCGUUUCCUACGCAUCUGGGUAUGUUAGAUUAUAA